UAGGUGUGCGCGGGCAUUGAGACCUGAGCUGCGCGCAUUCGCUCACGCGGGAAACGCUGGGCUUCUUCGGCCUGCCGCCCCCUGGCACCCGCCGUUGAGCGGUAUAAUUUUUCUUGUGGGGUUUCGGUCCGGUGGUUGUACAUGUGCACGGGCCAGGUGGGCCUGGGGGUCGGGGCGGCUCUACGGAUCCCGCCGCGGGGGGAGUCAAUGCACCCCUCCGCGCCACCAGGUUCCUGCCCGUCUCACUCGACUUGCCUGCGCCUGCGCUGUUUGCUGCUUCUGCUCUUCCUUCUUGACCCGCGUCUCCGGAGCUAUGUACUUGGCUUUAAGGAAGCGGGAAAGGAGCGAGCCUGCGGCGCGCGCGUGCGUCGGCUGGCGGGCCGGCCUCCUCCCUUCAGUGUUACCUAGUGCAUGCUUGACGGCGUUACCUUUUCUUGCCCAUUCCAUCUGCGGAGCCCACUGACAAUGAGACAUCAUCGGGACAUGUUGCAGGGAUUAUGAAUGUCCAGGCGAAAGACUAGAACCGCCACUUGGCCCCCCGCCCACCCAGAUUCGGGGCGCCAGUCUUUGUGGACCUCGCGGCCAGUCCUCGCGUCGAUCUCCACGAAGAUCGGGGCCCAGAUCGGGCGGCAGUGGGUGUUUUCGUUUUCUUUUUUUUGUGGGGGGACUUUUGGGGCCCACCUAGAAGACCUGUUCGACUCUGGCUCGAACUUAGUUCGACGGUAGUUCGACCCUAGCUUGACUCAAGUCUGGCCCAUGGUUGACGUUCGACGCAGCAUCGGCGCGUGAGUGGAGCGAGUGGCUCUGGGAAGGCCCCCGAAUCGACGAUCCCGCUUUCUUGGAUCGCCCUGCAGGGGCGCGAAGAUGGCCGCGCCUCGCGUUUUGCGGCUUCUGUCGCAAGGCUGCCCUCUUUUUUUCCGCUGCGCGGGCAGGCCGCGCGAGGGCGCGGAGGAACAACCCCGCCCGUGGCCUCGCGCAGCGCGGGUGUGCGAAGUGGGCGGCUCAGGAUUUGUCCCUCUCUGAUAUUGUUCGAAGCGCGCCGUCCUUUUCGUCUUCCUCCUUUCCUGUUCCUCGUCCUCUUGCUCCUCGUCCUUGGAGUCGAAAGCGUUUAAGACGACCUGCAGGCCCCGUCGCUGCUUCAUGCUUGUGGGACGCGUUGGACCAGUCCCCCCCCGCGCCCUGAAGGGUGGCGGCAUCCAUGCGCCGCGCGGCGCUGAUGCAUUACAAGCAAUCCCUCACCCUGCCAAGUCGACUAGAAACCCUUUCUUUUCUGAUUCUCGACAGGGCCUUCACCCGCCGUGUCGCGUUUUGGGCCGUUCUCGUUCGUACUUCGUUUUGUCAACAGGGGGCGCACUGUGCACCCCGAGCCUCUCCCCGAGAGGCCGAGGCUGCACGGGACGCGGCUGGGCUGCUCGAGGCCCUUUACUACGCCGACAAGCUGAGCCUGACGGACGAGUGCGUGGAGAGGUGGCGGGAGAUGGCGGAUUUGCGGCCUUCGAGGCCAAGCACGGCGAGCCCGCCAGACGCGUGAGCAGCAACCGGGGGGACCGCGGGCGCCGCGUGUCGGCGGCGUCUCUAUGUGCUCCUCCUCGA